CCUCAAUGUGUCGACCGGAAGAAAGAAGGAUGAGUGCGCUUCGCCAGCCAAACCCUAACUCUUAACGCAUCUUUGCAAAGUGCCGGAUAAUGUGCAAAAGCGCAGACGAUGAGGGAACGUAUGAGGGAUGCCCCUUUCGCAGGAGCCUUCUCCUUGCUGCCGUGUGUGGAUUACCUUUCCUUUUAGUCGUCCUCACUUUCCGGGGGUCUUCAGUUCCAGACGGUCCCGGAGAUGGCACAGGCUAUCCGAGGGCAGAUCGUGUGUAUGGAGAACUGUACCGCCGGUUUGUGACCCCGACGACUGAGAAUCUGCCUCACACCGUUACUGCAGCGCGGGGCUCUGGUGGAAAUGGAGACGUCAUCAAGCUCGAUGGUACGUGCGGACAGACUCCGUUCUCCCAGCUCUUAUCAAAUUUUGCUCCACCAGGCAUUGGGGGCUUCCAUUCGUCUCUUUGGCACCCACGCUACUCCCACACUCGCGUCUAUCAGAUCAAUUUUGCCCCUAGCGCACUAGGCAGACGGCUCACGGCAGGCGGAUGCGCCAACGCUCCGGUCCGGUGCUACAUGAAGCUCGCGGUCUUCCCGACGGGGACGGCAUCGACCGUGUCUGCCUUCAGCAAUGGCACGGCGAGGGAGUUGCUCCUACGCCGAGAUCAAGACAGCGAGAACACGAUCAACGAUGAGUUCAAGGGUCGUGUUAGUGGUCAGCCAUUGAGGAUAGAAGUGCCCACCCCCGCUGUCAAUUUGCCGACCAACAUGUGGUGGAGCAAUCUGGUGCACGGACAAGGAAAAGGCGAGGGCAAUGGCGUCAACGUAUCGCCAUACCUGGUCUCGGUGGUGGCCGAGCCUGGCCGCAUUGGAGCCAACGUCCAUAUGCCCUUCACAUUCAUCAAAACCGACCCCAAGACGCCUGGAGUGCAUUCGUACAUUGACAGCUUUUAUCCGCGGGCGUCGGCUUGGUUCGUUGGCUUUGAGGUGGCGCCGCUGAAGGAAAUGACGGGCAGCGGGGGAGAUUCUAAGCGCUUCGCGCGGCCUGAGGUGUCACAUUUUGUGAGCGACUUUGACGAUCUCUCUGUGACGAAGGUGAUCAGCUACAAACGUGAGUCGAGAGGGGACAGCAGACCGGUAAAAAAGAAAAAAAGCAGCUCCCGAAGCAACACUUUGCCCCCUUGUGUGCUUCGUAUUGCAGCACGUCACCAAGUUAUACCUGGUUCGCGGCUCGCCGCUUGUGACCCUGGAGCUCCCUGAGCAGCCGCUGAUGCUGGCUCCCCUUGACUGGGACAGAGAGCUCAAAUUCCCUAACUACAUCACCAGGUGACUGACCAUGGGAGGCGUAUGAUCAGAUGUUGGGAUUCCUGCUCUUUGCCGACGUGCAUAAUGUAGGUUCACCGUACUUCCUGCGUCGAGCGAGGCAAUGCAGUCAGCGAAGGCUAACGCUUCAACUACUUAUGACUGUCCGGACGAGGAAGUCGGACGGCAGAACAAAUCGGUACGCACGUUUGUGCGAGUCCUGCAGUACACUAGGAGUCUUUGUGACGGUCUCUUGCUUGCUGUGUCCUUGUUUCAGCUCCCAUCGGACACGUUUGUACUUCAGCUCUUGGACGGUUCCGAGUGGGUGCUAAUUGUCUCGGAACCUUUGGCCCUGCGCUGCCUCACAAAGCGCGAUAAGGCCGGCAUUAUCCAGAAGAACUGGAUUGAAUCCGCAGAGCCAUUGCCGGAGGUAGUGAGCCAGAUUCCGCCUGUGCAGUGCUUCUUUUGACUUUCUUGGUUGCACAGGGCACCAUAGUGCGUCUCGGCGUCGGCAACGUGUGCAACAUGACGGCCGUUACUUCGGAUACCCCCACUCUGCUCGAGCACACGAAGCGGCUUUGCGACCAUCAGUACGCAUCGACCACGUAAGUGGCGCGCAUCACAUGAGUCCGUCCAAGGUGCCGAUGGAUGCAUGGCCCCUGUUGCGUCUAUCAGAUCCGCAUUGCUAUCGCAUUCGCACCGCUACUAUCCAGUGUCUGCCAGUGUUGAUAUCGGCCUUCAACCUGUCAGCAACGCGUCGUCAAACCCAAAGGGGCCCUCGCAUGCUCGUCAGUGAUGAAUGUAACGUGCAAACGACCUGCCCUCUGCUUCGGACCAAAUGGCGUCGCUUUGUGCUGCCUGGCUGUCCUUCAGGCAUCUCGUAUAGGUUCUGUGUCCGUCGCAUGCAGCGGGCCAUGAUGCAAGAACAUCAGUCAUACAACGAAAAGAUGACGGUCUUUGUGAACGGGCUCCACCAGUGAGCACAAAGAACGACAAAGCUGCAGCGGCUCACAGUGGAAUCUUCGUCUUCACGCAGGAAGCUCCUGCCACAAGAGAUGCCGCGUGCCUUCGAAGGACCAUCUGCCUGCCUCGAGACAGCUCACGGUUGGCCAGAAGAACAAAAGGCCAGAAAGCUGGAACUCUGCCCAUUGUCUCAUGUCCAGGCCCCCUGUGCAUGACGAACAUUGACGUGUCCCCGAGCCGCUCAAGUGAUGGCAUCUGCACCUACGAGGCCGUGUUGCGGCUCGCUCCCAUUUCUCUAUCAUCGGCGUCUUUUCACGAGAGCCCGGAGGUGCCUGAUGACUGGCAGCAACUGCUUGCUGACCAGAUCUGGUCUGGUAGGAGCUGACUUCCUUCACUCUUUUGUCGUCAUCUUGCGAUGUCGUGAUCAGACCUGAAUGGAUCAGAGUUUCGGCUACCGGCCGCCCUGCGUCGAGGCGACUAUGAUGCCUACCGAUUCGGCCGGAUUCUCCACAAGUAUGCGCACACGGCACUCGUGGCUCAUCGCAUCAAGGCUCCACUUCUGCGCGACGAGGCGCUGCAUCGCAUCCGCGGCCCUUUAGAGAAGUGGCUGAGCUUCACAUCCGGCAACCGGCUUGUGACUGACGAUUUGUGGGGUGGGGUGGUGCCGUGUGGAUGUGAUGCGGACACAAAAGGCAACCCGUGCCAUUACCGCUUCAACAAGAGGGAUGGUGUUGUGGCAAGUGAGUCGUGUGUGUCGCUCUAUGAACCAGAGAGGGAUGCGGGCAGCGGACUCUAUGCCAACCAUCUUGCCAUGUACGUACAGAGGAGGGACAUCGUGAUCCAUCUUUCGUGCGCCUGCCUUCCCGCAGAUACGGCUACCUGGUAUAUGUUGCCGCAGUGCUGACCUACUUUGACAGAAGCUGGCCAAAGAAACGUAUCGGGCAUCCGUCGAUGCGGGGGGAUAUGCGUUUCCACGAUGUGAGACGUCUUGCAAAAAUCGAGCACUCCAAACGCUCAAAAGAGCGUUCUUCCCUCUCUCGUUCGUUUAGGCUGUGAUGCUCUUGAUUCGCGACGUGGCGGACGUCGGGCAGCUGAUCGGCGACCGUCCUUCCAGGUGACCAUGAGAAAAUGGCCAGAGACACACGGUAUCUCAAUCCAUUCGCAAUUCCGCAGGAAUCUCACCCGUUACAAGGACUGGUGGUGGCUCAAUUCUUGGAACAGCGGAAUUGGGGAAGAUCCUGAGGGACCCUCAGCAACGCACACAACAGAGAUUGUCUUUUCUUACUAUGCGAUUUCGCUUUACGCGGAGGUCACGAAGAAGAAGGGCAUGUAUCUCUGGGCUCGUUUCCUUUCGAUGACCGAGAUGCUCUUUGCCCGGACAUUCAUGCAUCUGCACGCCCCGUCCUCAUCUCCCUCAUCUUCACCCGUUUUUCCCUCGCCAGUGCGCAUCUAUCCAGAGAAGAUGACCAACUCGUUGCCCUUUAUCGGCCGCUUUGCAGAAAUGGCUGUCCGUCUGGAAGAGCAGCCAUCGCAUCUCUAUCCCUUGAGCCCCGUCGCCCUUGAACUCUUCGGCUAUGUCGCUGACAGGAUUGAGAGAAAGUGUGACGGCUGCGCUGGCUUUCAGCAGGGAUGGGGUGUGGGGACGGUGGCAGGCCAAUUGCUGUUGAAACGAACCCGCAGCGGAGAGGCGAGAAGGCUUCUGAAGACGGAGAUGAGGGACACCUGCUUUGACGAGGUCAGCGAAAAGCAAUCGUCAAUACCGCUGCCGAUCCGUCGUGACUGAGACUUUUUUCAUGGUUUGUGCAGGGCUUGAGUGGUUGCGAGGCCUAUCUUCCAGGUCUCCUGGCGUGGUGGGCAGCUGCCCUUGCUGGACGACACAAUCAUCAAACAAAAGCCGUAGACACAUUCCGCUGAAUGGUCGGGGUCUUGGUACAUCAUAUCACUAAUUGAUAGUACUCACAACACGUAUUCACUGGACUAAAGGAUAGAGUGGAUGUCAUACACGCACAUUUCACGUUCAACGUAGGUCAAAUAAACUCAUCGGCCUCCCUCCGUCUGGCCAACUCCACCUGGAGCUCCUGCAGCUUCGACUGGCCCGACUUCCCCGCAACGAACAUAGCACGCUGAGCGUCUGGCUCUGAAUGACGCUCGAGGUCACUACCUUAGUGGGGGAGGGCUGUCAAUGAGAGGUCCAUCAACUCAAUUUCUUACCCUUCAGAGCCGCCUGAAUGAGAUGCCAACACACAAGCAAAUGAAUCGAUUGUCGCUCUUUUUCAACUCUUCAGCUUCUGCACUCGGGGGAGGUGGACAAAUCUCACCACAUGGAAAGUGCAUGGUUCAUGGCACCUCCUGGUCCACCUCUCCGAGGCCCACAGGGAGCUUUUCGACCGGUUUGUUAGUCUCUGGCAACAUGCGUCGCAAUAUUCAGCGACGAGUGCGUGACACUGGGGGACGUAUUCAGUGCU